AACAUCAUUUCUCCAGAGAGAGAGAGAGAGAGAGAGUUUUUAAGUUUCUUCAGAAAAGGAAGGGGGAGAGAGAGCAUCAUUUUCGCGGGAUAAGAGGAACAUGUCAAAGGGCCCGUUUUACAACGGAAAAAUGCAAUCCCUGUAAAUUCAUUAUUAAAUAAAAACUUUGCUCUCUCUCUCUCUCUCUCUCUCUCUCUUCAUUUCCUUAAGGGGCACGAGACGUGAUCGCCUUCUUAACUUGCCUGCUAUUCCAAGCUAUCCAAUCAUGGCUCGCACCUAUGAUGUUGAGCCCUUAUCUUUCUCUCCUUUCCACCUGAACCUUCCUCUUCUGCAUCAAAAGCUUUCAAUAUCUCAAGCCCUUUUUCUUCAAGGGAUUUGGCCCCUAUUCCAGAUGAUUGCGAGUUUUCUAGAAAUCUCAAUGGAAGUUGAUUGCGUGCUCAUAGAAUGCAAUGGAGAUUUAGAAUUCUAGAAGAACAGGAAUGACUGUUUAUAGGUUUCUGUUGUGGCAAUCGGCAUGGGCUUCAUUGGUUGAAGGACCACAUGAAGAUUACGUAACAUCUAGUAUCGACAUUAGCGGAUAAAUUAUGAACAUAUUUUCAAAAUUGUAUGUAGAAGGGUGAAGCUGCAUAUUAUCGAUCUGAAAGAAAACUGUAAAAAAUGGCAUCCCUGACCCCUGGAGUACUUCUGAAGCUUCUUCAAAGCUUAAAUUCUGAUGUAAGGGUCUGCGGUGAAUAUCGCUCUGUUCUACUGCAGGUCAUCAGCAUUGUUCCUGCUUUAACAGGCGGCGAGUUGUGGCCAAACCAUGGGUUCUUUGUAAAGGUCUCUGACUCUUCUCAUUCAAGCUAUGUAUCCCUGUCAAAAGAGGACAAUGAACUCAUCUUAACAGAUAAAUUACAGUUAGGUCAGUUUAUAUACAUUGACAAUAUGGAACCUGGCACUCCAGUUCCUAUAAUUGUGGGGGUUCGACCGUUACCUGGAAGGCAUCCUUGCGUUGGGACCCCAAAAGAUCUCAUGCAUAUGUUGGUUCCUUUACAGGAUGAAAAGCUACCUAUUUCUUUAAAGGGUUCAAAAGAAAAUGAUCAUGAAGAAGUUGCAAAGGUCAAAGCAGAUGAAUAUAAAAUAGGGGAAGUUGAACGUGAGACUGAGGUGAAUGGAGAAUCUGAAAAUAUAAAACCAAAAAUUGUGAUAAAGGAGGAGAAGGUUACGGUUGCAUCUAGAUAUAUGCAAGGUUGCAUGAGUGCAAAAAGAGUGAAUGGAGAUUCUAAUGGGAAUGAAAAGGCUGGUUUGAGCGAAAAGAAGGGGGCAAAGGUUCCUCCAAGAAGUUCAGAAUCCGUGGUUUCAAGUGGUAAUAAGGGUCUUCGCAAAAGCUGGGAUGGAGCAGGCCUUAGUUCAAAUGAGUUGAAAUGUAAAAAUUCAUCAACUGGCAAACUGGAGACUAAAGGUCAGGCACCGCGAGUUAAGGCCAGUUCCACAACACCUACACGAAAGCGCCCUGAUUUGUCAUUUAUGAAGGUGGAGGCAGCUGGGUCUGACAUUAAGGAAGCUGUUGUAGCCCCCCCAAAAGUCUCGGUAGCUCCCAAAACUCAGACACUGGAAAAGCAAGCUCGUCUUCUGUCUACCAUUGCCUCAAAUGCUAAGAAGUCCGAGGGCAAGGUCACUUGGGAUUCAUUGCCAGUGAACCUUGUGAAACUAGGAAAGGGAAUAGUUAGAAGGCGAAAUCUUGCCUCUUUGGCAGUGGCUGAGGCUCUACAAGAAGCAUCUGCUGCUGAAGCUCUUGUAAAGUGUCUGAGAAUCUUUGCUAGCCUGCAUGCGUCAGCUGCUACUGAGAACCCACACAUCUCAAUCUCCAAGUUCUUUUCUCUCCACCAAAUUCUCAACCAACCACCCCUUUCCUCCCAAGAAAAGCCUCAUUUUCCCAAGGCUCCAAUCCCACCAUCUCCACUGAGAGAAAGACCCAACAAAAUGGGUUCUCAAGUUCCCUCAAAAAUGCCAAUCAAAAUUCACAUAGAAACUCAGCCAAAGGAGUACAAUGAGGGCAUCACAAUAGGAGAUGGAAUAAGAGAGAUCGAGGACCUAAGAGAUCUCCUAGUACGGGACUCAGAAGUGUGGUUCUUGAAUUACUUAGAAGGCCCACUUGAUGCUGGGCUUCAAAUGCCUCGCCUGAAAGGUGAGCGUAAGGUUCCGGGAGGGGGAUUACGCAAGGCUCCAGAAGACGUGGACCGGAAGAUUCUGGAAGAUGGAAACCAGAUUGCAGUAGCUUUAUCCCAUUUGAAGAGAGUGAGCGAGUGGUUAGAUAGUCUUGGGGCCUCUGAGAACAAAGAGGUGGUUAGCAGGCUGAAGCACAAGGUUUACUCUUGCUUACUUGGGCAUGUGGAAUCUGCUGCUUCUGUGCUUGAGAGUCGGAUAGAUCGCCGUUAACUGGCCAAAAAGUUUUAAUUGUUCCUUUUUUUAUCUUUGGGAUUAUGAUUUAUUCAAUUGCUCUAUGUAUUAUUGAGUAUGAUUUAUUUAGUAAUGCAUAUGCUUUCAAGUUGAGAAAAAUGUAAAUCUGGUGUAAUUUGUCAACGUGGAUUUGUUGAUAAGUUAAUAAAGAAGAGGCCAUUGGGUUUGGUUU